UGCGGCGGCGGCGCAGGCGCGGUUCCCGCCUCCUCCCGGCUGGCGGAGCGAGUGGAGGCUGCAGCCCGGCUCGGCUCGACUCGGCUCGGCUCCCGCGUCGCCGCUGCCGCCGCCGCGAAGCCCCCCGCCCCCCUUCCGCCAAGUCGGGAUGAGCUCCCGGAAAGUGCUGGCCAUUCAGGCCCGAAAGCGGAGGCCAAAAAGAGAGAAACAUCCGAAAAAGCCGGAGCCUCAGCAGAAAGCUCCCUUAGUUCCUCCACCGCCGCCGCCGCCACCGCCACCGCCUCUGCCAGACCCCACACCCCCAGAGCCCGAGGAGGAGAUCCUAGGAUCCGACGAUGAGGAGCAGGAGGACCCUGCUGACUACUGCAAAGGUGGCUACCAUCCAGUGAAAAUUGGAGACCUCUUCAAUGGCCGCUAUCAUGUUAUUAGGAAGCUAGGAUGGGGACACUUCUCAACUGUCUGGCUGUGCUGGGAUAUGCAGGGGAAGAGAUUUGUUGCAAUGAAAGUUGUAAAAAGUGCCCAGCAUUAUACAGAGACAGCCUUGGAUGAAAUAAAAUUGCUCAAAUGUGUUCGAGAAAGUGAUCCCACUGACCCAAAUAAAGACAUGGUAGUACAGUUAAUCGAUGACUUCAAGAUUUCAGGCAUGAAUGGAAUACAUGUCUGCAUGGUCUUCGAAGUACUCGGCCACCAUCUCCUCAAGUGGAUCAUCAAGUCCAAUUACCAAGGCCUCCCAGUACGUUGUGUGAAGAGUAUCAUUCGACAGGUCCUUCAGGGGUUAGAUUAUCUGCAUAGUAAGUGCAAGAUCAUUCAUACUGACAUAAAGCCGGAGAACAUCUUGAUGUGUGUGGACGAUGCGUAUGUGAGAAGAAUGGCAGCCGAGGCCACCGAGUGGCAGAAAGCAGGUGCUCCUCCUCCUUCGGGGUCUGCAGUGAGUACGGCUCCCCAGCAAAAACCCAUAGGAAAAAUAUCUAAGAACAAGAAGAAAAAACUGAAAAAGAAGCAGAAAAGGCAGGCCGAGUUACUGGAAAAACGCCUGCAGGAAAUAGAAGAAUUGGAGCGAGAAGCCGAGAGGAAAAUAAUAGAAGAAAACAUCACAACAGCGGUACCUUCCAAUGAACAGGACGAUGGAUACGGCCCAGAGGGGAAACUCAAAGCUGCCGGCUUCGAGGAUGCGGCCGAGGGCGAGCCUGCCAAUGACAACGGUGAGGCUGAGGACCAGGAAGAGAAAGAAGACACUGAGAAAGAAAACACUGAGAAAGAUGAAGAUGAUGUUGAACAGGAACUGACCAACACAGACCCUGCGUGGGUAGAAUCCCCCAAAACCAACGGCCAUAUUGAGAAUGGUCCGUUCUUACUGGAACAGCAGCUGGAUGAUGAAGAUGAUGAAGAAGAAGACUGCCCAAAUCCUGAGGAAUAUAACCUUGAUGAGCCAAAUGCAGAAAGCGAUUACACAUAUAGCCGCUCCUAUGAACAAUUCAAUGGUGAAUUGCCAAAUGGACGGCAUAAAAUUCCCGAGUCACAGUUUCCAGAGUUUUCCACAUCAUUGUUCUCUGGGCCCUUAGAACCUGUGGCUUGUGGCUCUGCGCUUUCCGAGGGAUCCCCACUUACCGAGCCUGAGGAAAGCAGUCCAUCCCACGACAGAAGCCGGACGGUUUCAGCCUCCAGCACUGGAGAUCUGCCAAAAACAAAAACCCGGGCGGCCGACUUGUUGGUGAAUCCCCUGGAUCCACGGAACGCAGAUAAGAUUAGAGUUAAAAUUGCCGACCUGGGAAAUGCUUGUUGGGUGCAUAAACACUUCACAGAAGACAUCCAGACGCGUCAGUAUAGAUCCAUAGAGGUUUUGAUAGGAGCAGGUUACAGUACGCCUGCUGACAUUUGGAGUACAGCGUGUAUGGCAUUUGAGCUGGCAACGGGAGAUUAUUUGUUUGAACCGCAUUCUGGGGAGGACUAUUCCAGAGAUGAAGACCACAUAGCCCACAUCAUAGAGCUGCUAGGCAGUAUCCCAAGGCACUUUGCUCUGUCUGGAAAAUAUUCUCGGGAAUUCUUCAAUCGCAGAGAUCACAUAGCAUUGAUCAUUGAACUGCUGGGGAAAGUCCCUCGAAAAUACGCUAUGUUGGGGAAAUAUUCCAAGGAGUUUUUCACCAGAAAAGGAGAACUGCGGCAUAUCACCAAGCUGAAGCCCUGGAGCCUCUUUGACGUCCUUGUGGAAAAGUAUGGGUGGCCCCAUGAAGAUGCUGCACAGUUUACAGAUUUCCUGAUCCCCAUGUUAGAAAUGGUUCCAGAAAAACGAGCCUCAGCUGGCGAAUGCCUUCGGCAUCCUUGGUUGAAUUCUUAGCAGAUUCUACAAAUAGAGCAUUCUGAGCUAGCAAAUGUUUUCCAGUACAUUGGACCUAAACGGUGACUCUCAUUCUUUAACAGGAUUACAAGUGAGCUGGCUUCAUCCUCAGACCUUUAUUUUGCUUUGAGGUACUGUUGUUUGACAUUUUGCUUUUUGUGCACUGUGAUCCUGGGGAAGGGUAGUCUUUUGUCCUCAGCUUAGUAGUUUACUGACCCACUUUCUUCUGGAAACAAUAACAUGUCUCUAAGCAUUGUUUCUUGUGUUGUGUGACAUUCGAAUGUCCAUUUUUUUGAACAAAAAAUACUUUCCCCCUUGUGUUUUGGCAGGUUUUGUAACUAUUUAUGAAGAAAUAUUUUAGCUGAGUACUAUAUAAUUUACCAUCUUAAGAAAUUAUCAAGUUGGAACCAAGAAAUAGCAAGGAAAUGUACAAUUUUAUCUUCGGGCAAAGGGACAUCAUUCCUGUAUUAUAGUGUAUGUAAAUGCACCUGUAAAUGUUAAUCUCCAUUAAAUAUGGGAUGGGGACUCAAAUUUCAGAAAA